AUGGAUUCCGACGACGAUUCUAGGACCCUAGGCUCCCUCAAUAAGUAUCUCAGAAUGAUAAAGGGCCGAGACAGCCCCCACAGCGCAGUCGACGAUGGCACCUCAGCUCACCCACGUACCUCCACCACCUUAUCCUCAGCAACCAAGCCAAUCAGCCCCAAAGACGGCCAGCUUCCGACACGUUCGCACCGUAGCUCAAUCUCGUCAACCGUGUCGUCCACCAUCACCGACCUGAGCGACGGCCGCUCGGGCCUGCGAGGCCGCAACUCGGCCAUCGCGUCGUCGUCCUUCUCCUCAUCGACGAGUCUCGAGUCGAACCGCACCGCCUCGCUCAGCGAACGCCAGCGCGACCCGCUGCUCAGGGAGUUCCCCAAACCGCCGGAGCAGGUCGACAUUGAAGAGAUGCUCACCAGGCCGCCGGGCAAGUGGUCGCUCGGCCACUACUUCAACAAAUCUAGACACGCUGCCAAGGAGACGACGCUCAAGCCGACGCUGGAGGAUCGAAAGGGCGAGCUGGAAGAGGCAAAGAAGCAGCUGAUUGCGGCGAGGAAUGAGAUUCGGCAGCUCGGCACGAAACGUCCCUGAGAUCUGUCAGAUUGGUGUCUGUUC